UAUCAUGGGUAUGGUAAAAGAUGUCAGUUCUUUGGAGACAACAUCAAAGGGAUCCAAAAAGCUUGAUGUCCUCUUGGUGGAUGACAGGAACCAUGACAUGGUUAUCUCAUUAUGGGAGGAAAAGGCAACUCACUUUAUGGAAAGCAUGGCUCCUCUUCAAGACGCCGCGGUGUUUGUUAUCAUCACAGGCCUCCUCGCAAAACAAUACUCAGGAAAUAGCAUCAUACUGUCAAGCGGAGACCCAACAAAAUGUUAUUUCAACCUUGAUUAUGACCCCCUAAAGGAGCUCAUGGGAAAUAUACAAGCGAUAACUGGUCAUAGUUCAACGAGUCUACCACCUCCUACGAAAAAGAGAUUUGUCUCGACAGAAGACAACAUUAUUGCUGAUGCAACUAUCCAAACUAUCCUUGAUGCGCAGCUUCCAGAUGAUAAAAAGGUCAUGCGGUUCGUGUGUGAGGCAACCAUUGUCGAUAUCUCAAAAUAUGACGGAUGGUACUACAAUUCUUGCCCCACAUGCCCACGUACAAUUCGCUUCGAGCAUGGAAAUUUGUACUGCGAUGAAUGCACAAAGGAAACUGGAGAUUACGUUCAGCGCUAUAAGAUCACUGUCCACGUUAAAGAUGACACCGCCAAGACUACUUUCACAUUGUUCAACAAGGAGGCACAAAGACUGAUUGGUGCUCCGAUUCAGACAAUCAUUGCUGAAAUUGGACAGGAUAAGAUCACUUCCGAUAUCCCUGUACUCGUGAAGAAUGUGAAGGGAAAGAAAUGCGUGUUCGAGGUCAAAGUCACAAUAUUCAAUCUUGACGGACGCGAGGGAUACACUGUUGCACGACUCUCUGAAGUAACAGACCAGCCACCUAGCACCUCAAAUCCACCUGAAACCUUAAUGGAUUCCCCGAGAAAGAAAAAGAAGCUAGCUUGAGAUGAAUGCAAGAACAAGAUGGCAUGCUUCCUCUAAGCUUCCCACAAUAAAUAGCAUGCUUUACCGCUCAAUAAUGUUCUUGAACAAUUGAUUAAUAUUUACAAUAAUAUUCAACUCAUAUGUCUAUCUCAUCCAACAGCAGUUUACUAAAUCAAAACUACUUCAAGCUUUUAAUAUCUUUGCAGCGAAAAUAGAAGUUAAACUACAUGUCCAUUUAUUUAUAUAUUACAUUCAAGACUAAUAUUCCUUUAUUGUAACCCAAAAAUAGAGUAGUU